GGAAGAACGUCUCUCAUGAACAGCGCCGCUCCGGUGCUCGCCCCAGUGCGUCUCUCCCGCGCGUUCACGAUACCGGCACACUCGCUGCAUGAUGGCCGAGGGAGGCGGACCCGAGUCCGGCGGCGCGGCAGACUCCGACUCGGAGCCGGUAGCCGCACAAAUGCCAACCCCUUCAACCGAAUGUCAAAAACAGACCGUUGGGUCCCUUUUGAAGACGACUCUAAGAAAGGGCGACGAAUGGUAUCUCAUAGACAGCCGGUGGUUCAAACAAUGGAAGAAGUAUGUGGGAUUUGACAGCUGGGACAUGUACAAUGUCGGAGAACGAAGCCUCUAUCCAGGACCAAUUGAUAACUCUGGCCUGUUUUCAGACCAGGAGACUCAGGCACUGAAAGAGCACCUUAUAGAUGAGCUGGACUAUGUCCUCGUACCCACUGAGGCAUGGAAUAAGCUAGUCAGCUGGUACGGCUGCCUUGAGGAUCAGAGACCCAUCGCCAGGAAGGUGGUUGAACAUGGAAUGUUUGUCAAGCACUGUAAGGUGGAGGUCUAUCUGCUGGAGCUGAAUUUGUGCGAGAAUGACAACAUGGACAAUGUGGUCACACGUCACUUCAGUAAAGCUGACACAAUAGAUACUAUAGAGAAGGAAAUGAGGAUGCUGUUCAAUAUCCCAUCAGAGAAGGAGACACGGCUCUGGAACAAAUACAUGAGCAACACCUAUGAGCAGCUGAACAAGCCAGACAGCACUGUACAGGAUGCUGGUCUCUUCCAGGGGCAGGUGCUUGUGAUUGAGCGCAAGAAUGAGGAUGGCACGUGGCCCAGACAAGCCUCCCAUCCCAAAACUAGUACAACGCCAUCGAGGAAUUUCACUACCUCCCCUAAACUCUCCUCUAACUCAUCAGCCAGCAUCUCCUCAACAGUAGCCAAUGGUGACAGUAGCUGUAGCCCUGGAUAUACGCUCAAUAACAGCACCUCAUCUGGCAACAGAUUGGGGGGCUAUAAUUCUUACAGCUCCUCCUACAACUACAGGGAGUCCCAGUCGCAGCCUGGCCUGUGCGGUCUCAGUAAUUUGGGCAACACAUGCUUCAUGAACUCUGCCCUCCAGUGCCUGAGUAAUGCAUCCCCGCUCACAGAGUACUUCCUCGAAGACCAGUACGAGGCAGAGAUUAAUCGGGAGAAUCCUCUGGGAAUGAGGGGCGAGAUAGCUGAGGCCUACGCUGAUUUAGUAAAGCAGAUGUGGCUGAGCCGCAGCAGCUAUGUGGCCCCACGUACCUUCAAAACCCAGGUCGGACGCUUUGCCCCCCAGUUUUCAGGCUACCAGCAGCAGGACUCACAGGAACUGUUGGCCUUUUUGCUGGACGGGCUCCAUGAAGAUCUGAACCGUGUCAAGAAGAAACCUUAUCUGGCCCUGAGGGAUGCAGAGGGCCGUCCAGAUGAGAUUGUUGCCAAGGAAGCCUGGACAAACCACCGUUUGCGCAAUGACUCAAUUAUCGUUGACAUUUUCCACGGCCUCUUCAAAUCCACUUUGGUAUGCCCAGAAUGCUCAAAGGUGUCUGUCACCUUUGACCCAUUCUGCUACCUCACGCUGCCUCUGCCCAUGAAGAAGGACCGAACCAUGGAGGUUUUCCUGGUGCGAUCAGACCCUCAGUCUCGACCUACACAGUAUCGAGUGGUGGUCCCCAAACUGGGUACAGUGACAGACCUGUGCAGCGCCUUGUCCAAACUCUGCGGUUUCCCUUCAGAAAAUAUGGUGGUGGCAGAUGUUUACAAUCACAGGUUCCAUAAAAUUUAUCGACGGGAUGACGGCCUCACCCAAAUCAUGGAAAAAGAUGAUAUCUUUGUGUAUGAGGUCCAGGAGGAGGACAGUGAGAGGAUGAACCUGCCUGUAUAUUUCAGGGAGCGCCACUCCAAACACGCCGGAAGCUCAACAAGCACCAUGCUGUUUGGCCAGCCUUUACUCAUCACCGUGCCCAGACACAACCUCGUCGCAGAUGUUCUGUACGACAAGAUCCUGGAGAGAAUUGGGCGUUAUGUAAAACACUCGCAUAGCCCCGGCAGUGAAAGCAGGGCCUCAGCCUCAGCCUCAGCCUCAGCCACCUUUGCCAGCUGCAGCAAGGCUCCUGAAUGUUCCACAUCGUCGAGUCCCAACGCCGGCCUGGGUGGCUGCGGCAGCCCCCUGUCGGACGGAGCUUCCUGCAGCGCCAGCUCCAGUAACGGCAGCAACCACUCGGGGACCUGCAAUGAAACUAAUGGGAUAUAUGAUGGUGAAGAGGAGGCCAUGGACCACCAGGUGAGCCCGGAGCCAGCGAAUGGCCAGUCCGAAGAGGAUGAAGAGGAGACCUCUGACUUGGAAAAUGGGAUUAAAGGAGACGCAGCCACAAAGCGGUGCUCUACGCCUGCCAAGCUCUUCACUUUCAGCAUAGUCAACGCUUACGGAACAGCCAACAUCAGCCCGUUGCCUUGUGAUGGAAAUGUCCUCAAACUUAAUCCACAUUCCACAGUGGCGAUCGACUGGGACACAGAGUCAAAGAAACUGUGCUACGAUGAACAGGAAGCAGAGGCCUACGAGAAGCACGAGAGCAUGCUACAGCCCCAAAAGAAGAAGGCCACUGUGGCUCUGACAGAGUGCAUCGAGCUCUUCACAACCAUGGAGACACUUGGAGAACAUGAUCCAUGGUACUGUCCCACAUGUAAGAAACACCAACAGGCCACAAAAAAGUUUGACUUGUGGUCGCUGCCUCGCAUUCUGGUCGUUCACCUGAAGCGUUUCUCCUACAACCGGUGUUGGAGGGACAAGCUGGACACAGUGGUGGACUUUCCCAUUAGGGAUCUGAACAUGUCGGAGUUUGUGUGUGACCCUAAGGCCGGUCCUUACAUAUAUGACCUCAUUGCCGUGUCAAACCACUAUGGAGGAAUGGGAGGGGGUCACUACACGGCUUAUGGCAAGAAUAAAGUGGAUGGAAAGUGGUAUUACUUUGAUGACAGUAGUGUCUCGUCUGCCUCAGAGGACCAGAUUGUGACUAAAGCGGCCUACGUUCUGUUCUAUCAGCGCAGAGACGAGGACGCCCCCUCCAAACCUCAGCCUUCGGCCUCGCUGGGAGGAGCCCCUGAAUCAGCAGACGACCAUAUGGACACAAAUUGAGGAGCCCUGGCGCAAAGGGACAUGCACUGAAACGCAUAAAGCAAAUAGAGACACUUGGACGCACACACAACGCUACUUUAGUGACAGAGGACUCCACAGACUUAACGUUAUUAACCCGACCUUCCCUAUAUUUGGAUUUUUGUCUUGUAUGUUGUCAACUAGAGUCAACAGCCUUGUCAGAUUGACCUGAGCGACUUCCUCCUCGCAGCGUGUGGCCUGCUGAUUUCUGAACAUAGUUCACUAGCCUGGAACUAAGAGGAACAUAAAUGGAUAUAGAUUUUCUCACUGGAUGAACAGAAUGUUAGAAGUGCCCUCAAAUGCAUAGAUUAAAAAAAAAAUGUUUCUGUUGCCCACAACAACAGUCGUGUGUAUAUAUACAUAUAUAUAUAUAUAUAUAUAUAUACAUAUAUAUAUAUAUGUAUAUAUAUAUAUAAAAAGAAAGCCAAAUGCACAUCUUGUUUCAACCAAAGUGUUUCAAGUUAUUUAUGAUGAAAUGUACCAACUGGUAAGACCUGAGCAAGAUAACUGGCAUUGUGCCUAGAUUUAUCUCUGAUAACAACUCUAAUGGUGUGAUGUGCACACAGAACGAUAUAUGCUGUGCUUGAUGAAAGAGUUUCUGUGAGCUUCUGCCUCCUGUGUGGAGUGGAUUGACGGGGACCCUGCUGCUGCAGACUAGCUGUGGCAGCCGUGUCCCCGGCCUGCUGGGUCUGUGUUGCAAUGGAAACCACAGAGGGACGUCUCGUUUCAAGGUUUUCAACAUCUGGGUCUUGAGCUGUUUUUCAGCCUCUUGAUCAGCCGUCUUUAUUUUUUAUUUUUUUUAUUUUUGACGCACAGCAUGGGGCUCUGCUGUCUUCUGGACCCUAAACUUAUGACAGGAGUCUUACUGUGCUAACAAUUUUUGUUUUCCCUUUUUUUUUGUAAUCACAAUGCAAAAGCGGCCUUUUGAUUCCUGCAAACCUAACUAAAAGGAGGCACUUUGAAUUCUCCAUGAGUACUUUAUCUACCUGCUUCUGGUGUAACUAGGCAUUACAGAACUGUAUGGUUUGGCCUUAGCAUUAAGGGUUAUGGUCUGUCAUACACUUCCAGAUGAUUUUAAUGUGUCUUUUAAGCAUAUUUUAAUUGCUGCCUGAUUGGACCCCUAGCUCACCUGCAACGGCUUGUCCUUAUUAGUCUUGUACAUUAAUGCAGCGCUGUAUUGAAAUGGCUGUUAUUUGAUAUCUUCAAAGCACACUGAGUGAAGCAAAAUAAACUAGUAUAAAAGCG